GGUUUGCACGUCAGAGAGGGAGCACGUUUCUUGAGCCGCUGAGUGAUCUCCCAUGUGGUGUCUGUGGUGUUCCAUGAAGUGUUGGUAGUGGUGGCGAGAGGAAAGAUGGUGUCGAGUGUAUGUCGCGGGUCAUACCCUAGCAUGACCCCACAUGCGUCGCCCUCGCGGAAGCCGCACAUCGACCCGCAGAAGGAUUAUUUUUCGCCGCUGCAGGUGGAGACGUCGGUGGAGUAUGACCUUCCAGCACACAUUUACCCUCCCAAGGGCUCUCAGCCCAUCCUCAUGAUCCACCCAGGGUAUGUGUCAGCCGUGCGAGCGAGGUCCAGAGCUGUGGUUACGCCCUCCCCUACAGCCAUGGUAGCCACCUCAGGGGCGGCGCGACCUCUAGCUCAGCUCCAGCUGCCGCACCCUCAGCAGCACCAGCAGGUGGUGGGGGCGCGGCCCUCCCGCACCGCACAGUCCCGCCCCUGGUGUAUGUGUGGUAACCCUAACUGUAAUUCCUCUAGUGUCAAAUCAGUCAAUGUACAGAGUGUUAGAAACGUGCAAAAUGUUCAGAACCAGAGUGUGGCGAGAAGCAUUCAGAGCCAGAGUGCCGCCAGAAGUGUACAGAGCCAGAGUGCCGCCAGAAGUGUACAGAGCCAGAGUGCCACCAGAAGUGUACAGAGCCAGAGUGCCAGAAGUGUACAGAGCCAGAGUGCAACAAGAAGUGUUCAGAACCAAAGUGCCAGAAGUGUGCAAAGUGUUCGCGAUGCGAGUAUGUUGGGCAUCAGCAGCAGCAGAAGUGGUGCUGUGUUAUUACAGCAACAGCAACCACAGCAACAGCAGCAGCAACAGCAACCACAACAACAACAACAGCCACAGCAGCAGCAACAGCAGCAGCAGCAACAACCACAACAGCUGGUGUGGGGUAAUGGUGGGCGGUGUGUUGGUCCUUGUUGUAACCCACGGGCGGCCGCCAUGGCUCCUCCUCAGGCAGAAUUUGUGGCUCCUGGUCUGCCGCCCUCUUUGCUCGCCCGCACGCCCACCAGAGGUACUGCAGGCGGCUCCCCCAAAUUGCGGGCGGCCCGGACCAGACGUGGGCUGUCUGUGGCCAGCAGUGUCAACCUGCCGGAUUACCUGGGCAGCUCUCGACCUGCCAGGGUGACAGGCGGUGCUGUCCAUGUACACCCACGCCCACGGGCUUUAUCUACCUCUAUGGGUGCUCUUGCCGCCACGCCCGCGCCGCCCAUGGCACAUCAGCAUAUUGGCAUGGGUGCCUCCCUCACCACCUCUCUGGACCUGGCGAGGGUUGACCCACUCACCCCACGGUCCUUACUGCCCGUCCAGCAGCAGCAACAGUCGGUGCAGCAGGCGCCCACGGGGUCCACCUCGUCGCUCCUCUACACUGUGGGUCUCUCCAGGGACUCCGGGUGUUCCAUGGGCGCCGACACUGCGGGCGGGGAUUGGGCGUCGGACCGUACUCGUGGCCUCGUCGAUUCAGGGUUCUGCACGCCCGUCGACCUCACCGACGAUUUUGUGACAGAUACGCUUAAUCUGAGUGGUGGCAGCUGGAAGGAGUCCUCCACGCCACUGCCCUCCUCCAUGACUUCCUCCUCCAGCAGUAGCGGCGUCCACAGCUCCUCCCUUCUGCCGGGGGCGGCCCACACCUCCCUCCUGCCAGGGGCGGCCCACGCCCACCACUACCUCCCGCAGCCCUUGUGGAACUUGGCCUAUUAAGGGCGCUACGCUUACCGAGCACCGGGGCCGCAACCAAAGGGGCCUGGGUAUUCCAUCUGACGAGAUCGCUGACGGGGACACCUUGACAAGUCCUGUUAAUAGGAAAAAACUCAGGCGAUGGAUGAUUUCUGCAGCGGAAGACAAGUGACGGACACAAGGGACAAGACAGAGUAGGAAGUGGGGUGUGUGGUUAUGAGACGGCUUGCUGCAGUGACUACUUAUCAUCCUCCUCGUGACCUUUCCCCUCUCUCUCUCUUUCUCCAACUUUCUACCUUUCACACACGACUCUCGAAGAUUACUUUGCGACUAUUUCUCAGCUUUUAUAUUGUCUUCUCAUCUUUUCUUACAAACCCCAAGAUCUUUUAAGAAUCUUUCCCCAAACUUGUAUACCUGUUUCCUUUAUUAGGUUCCUCUACCAACACUCUGGACACUUCCACCGAGAACCUCUAGGUGACUGUUCCUUAAGCCUCCCUCGUAUGCUUCUCCCCUCCACCCCCCACGUGCCCCCUACUCGCGGCCCCGACGUGCACUCUCAGAACCAACACUGUGCUGUGAUAUGCCGUGCUGGCCUACGGAGCCUCGUCGCCAUCGUCAGUCCUCCUCGUCGUCGCCAUCGUCAGUACUCCUCGUCGUGGUCAUCGUCAUCAUCAGUGUCGUCACGAAUCAUUAGCAUAGCAGAGCGAAACGACGACGACGUGUGAGACAGCGGCCACAGCGGCGGUGUUCAUCAUCGUCACCGUCGUCUUCUUGGUCGUUAAAACCCGUCUUCGUCACUUGUGAUUUUUGAGGUCGUCUUCGUCGCGUCGUGUUGUGUUUUGUGUUGUUUUUAUCCACAGCGACGCAACACACACGGCCGCGCGAACGACCCCCCACCACCCCUUCUCCCUUUUCUUCCUUCUUGAAGAAUCAAUUGUUGUCGUCGUGUCGAGUCGUCAUUGUAGUUCGUAGUCUUGGUAGUGUCAGCCAGAGUCAUCAUGGAGCGUCGAGUUAUCGCUGUGAGUCAUCAUCCUUUCUCCUGGUCGCUGGAUGAUGCUCGACCUCCAGCGACCAUUCUUCUUAGCGAUCAUACUUCCUAGCCAACAUCUCUCUCUUUAAUCAUCCUACGCUAAAAAUAUCUCAUGGUGUACUUUUAAGUGUGGAAACUUAUGGGUGUGCUUACGUACGGGAAAAUUUCUAAUGUUAAUAAUUAAUAAUACAUAAUAAUAAUAAUUAAUAACACAGGGGUUAGUUAAGUCAGUGAGUGUUGUCAAAUCCACUUUGUUAGUUGCUAGUGAACUACUAUUCCAGUCACUCCAUCCUAAGGCAAUAUUACACUGUUAUCUACACCCGCCCCUUUGGAACGUAUUCAGAGACGGCACUUAAGGGGAGAAUGUGACCGCUCCCAGUGGCUAAUAUAUUCCUUGGUCCUGUACUGGAUCGUCUACACUAUACUCAGAUGGAUCCUCUUAUAACUUUUGUACUCCCUCUUGAGUGCUGUACCGGGAGACGCUCCACAAGUCUUGCACAAACGAUGCUUCAGACAUCAGUGUACUAAGCUUGUCGGCAUUAAUUAGUGUUUUUGUAAAACUGAGUAGGACUUUUUUUUAUUUAAUAAUAAGGUAGACAAGUGACAGUAAGACACGUGUUAGGAGUAGACUAAGUGUUAAUGUAGCUCUUCUUGGAAAAAUAAUAAAAAUACGCUUAUUAGAAUCCAUGAACCAUUGUUUGGUCAUUAACUCAUGUCAUUCAUUUUAGACUACUGUUAGGUUGUAUGUUUAGUCUUAACCAUUAAGUUAUACUAAUUUUGUUAUUUUAUUUAUAGAACAUCUUGUUUAAGUCUGUCAAUGUUUGCUCCUUUGAGUCAUUUCAUUAUAUUUUACACCAUCAUGUCAAGAUAUGUAAAAAAAUUCAGUACAAUCGAGUUGUGUCAUUCAUACUUAAUUUCAAAGUACAUCACUAUGAUUCGUGCAUUUAAAGAAAAUGCGUCAUCUGCUUCAUUUUAUGUAAUGAUACAUUGUAUCAAUGUCUUAACAAUUUAUGGCUAACUGAGUCAUUAUCAGUGAAAGAUAACUUAGUCGUGGCAUUGUAGCUGUACGUAAGGAUUGAGUCAUUGUAGUGAGGACUGAGUCUUAUAAUGCAUUCACGGAGAACAAUGUAAUCAGGGUGAAGAGUGUUGUGAUGGUCCACCUCUUGUGCUGUUUCAUAUUGAUACAUCCUACGGGCCGGUGGGGCCACAAGUCCUCCAAGAACUCUUUAUAAUAUGAGAAUUCUGAGGUCGUCGCCAUGCAGGAAACUAAAAAUUCCCAAGCAGGUGGCUUCCGAGUCCUCCAUUAUAUAAUACAUAGGACUUAACAGAUCAUCAUGUGGUAGGCUUUAAAGACUCCUGAUCGUGUAGGACGCCUCUGGGUUCAUGAGCCUCCAAGUAUGUUGCAGUGAAGGAGUCUUAAAAGUUCUUCAGCAUGUAUGAGGCUGCAAAGUUCUUCAUGUGUAGAGCUUCAGAAGUGAAGCCCUCGAAGAGUCUUGUUGAUAACCGGUAGUGAUGGCGCCAGAAGCUUUGACGAGAACUUGAGUGUCUUCUUUGACUCAUGGAAUGUAUGUUUUAAUAUUUAAGAUUUGGAACAAUCCAGGCUCGUGUUUUGUCUCAUAAUGACAGACACUGGGCGUGGAUUCCUUCGGCAGGAUCAGUAACGUGUAGUAGUGCCCAACAAGAGCCAGUGCCCUCGGGCCACGGCCGCCUUUGGUCUUCGAUAGCUUCUGGGCGCCAUCGGAACCGUUCCAUUUUAUCAUUUUUUGAACAGAUGCCAAGAUGCUACGGGCACGUUGAAAAUGUUACCUCCACUUUAUAUCUGUUGUGUAAACUUUCUUGAGAUUAUAGACACAUAAGCAACUAGAGACUCUUGUAUGUGUGAUAUUAAAAAGUAGAAUUUGGAUUUAGAGUUUAAUCUUAUCAAAACUUACGUUCUAUGCAUCAGGAAUGACAAGAUCACGUUGUCAACUGCUUUUGAUUUGCAACAAGUUUGAUGGUAUGUAGCUUAUAACAAAAAUGCACUUUAUGAACAUUUUGCCAAUUUUCUGAAUCUUAACGUAGUGUUUCGUUAGUGUCCAUCUCAAGUUGCUUGUGAUGUCUUGUUUGGUGGAUUCUUGUGACGCACUUGGUGUUCGAAGGUGUCAACUCUGCGUGCAAUAAGUCUUUCAAAAUGUUAUGAUUGCAGCAAAAUGUACUGGUUGCAAGGCAGCUUAUGUUGAUUAGGCUUCUUUCAGACUCAGACCUAUUUUUGUGAUGCUAACUUUAGCUUUGGUGUACAUAUGUACAAAAUGUACAAAUGUACAUAAAGGAGCCUAGUUUGUUUGGAAACAAAUUGUAUCUGUGAUUCAUUUUGGUGCGUUGGAGACGGUGCAUCUUAGCUUGUAAAUAUUCAUAUUUGUAUAUUUAAUGUGUACAGGAAAGUAAUUUUGCACUUGUGCUUGGAUUUUACCGUGUAAAACUUGUGAUAUGUGAAAAUAAAAAUAAAAACCAUUUAA